CACAGAAACAAUGGCUGCAGCAAUAGCAAAAAACUCAUCAUUUGUGAAAGCUUUAGCAGAAAACACCACUCUCAAAUCCAUUCCUUCUCAAUUCACACUCUCCACUGAUUCCAAAGGCUCCCAAUCCGAUUCGCUCCCCAUUAUCGACUUCUCUCUCCUCACCACCCCCAAUCCCGACCAGCGCUGCAAAGUCCUUGCAGACCUCAACAACGCAUGUCGGGAAUGGGGCUUCUUCAUCUUGGUGAACCAUGGGAUUCCGGAGAAGCUUCUCAAGGCUAUCAUCACGGCGAGUUUGGAGUUCUUUGAGCUGCCGGAGGAGGAGAAGCGGAGGUAUGAGGCCAAGAGCGUGUCGGACCCUAUUAAGUCUGGUAGCGGCAGCGUCAUCAACACUGCUAACCAAAGGAUUCAUCUUUGGAGGGAUUUUGUCAAAUCGUACGUUCACCCCGAGUUUAACUACCCUACUGAGCCUCAGAGUCUGAGGGAGCCUUUGCAAGAGUUCUCAGGGAAGACCCGAUCCGUGUACAGGAAACUGAUGCACGCGAUCGGGGAAAACCUAGGGCUCGAACAAGGGUUCGUGGACGAAGCUUUGAAACUCGACUCGUAUUUCCAAUUGUACGCGGCCAACUACUACCCGCCUUGUCCGGAGCCGGACCAGGCCAUCGGUAUUCCCCCACAUACCGAUCACGGCCUUCUCACAUUCCUCAUACACAACGGAGUCGCGGGGCUUCAGAUCCAGCACAACGGGGAGUGGUUCGACACCAUCUCCCCGCAAAACGCUAUCCUCGUUAACACCGCCGAUCAUCUUGAGAUACUAAGCAACGGAAGGUACAAGAGCGUGAAGCACAGAGCCGUGGUGAAUACCGAGGAGACGAGGAUCUCGGUGGUGAUGGCGAACGGCGCUGCGCCGGAUGCCAUUGUUGCUCCGGCGGCGCCGCUGGUGGAACAAGAUGGUCGUCCGCUUUAUCGCCCCAUGAAAUUUAUUGAGUAUGUGGAAACAAUGCUAAGCAAUCCACUUUUGGGAAAAUGCAACUUAGAUUGCAUCAAAAUUCAAGAUGAUUGAAUUAUUUAGUUAUGUUUAAAUAUAAUGUACUACUUUGUCUAGGUUGUCAUUUGCAGUUUGUUGCUUGUAUUACUUUUAAUUUUACUAUAAAAAAUUACUAUUACAAAAGUCAAGGUUGCGGAAGCGAUUGCCGCACAUGGGAAAUUAAAAAAUUGCAAUUUGUAGUA